AUGGCCGCUACCGCAGCAACCACCGCGGCGCCAAAUAGCACUACCUUGCCGGGCGAGGUGUCUGGCAUCGUCCCUUCGUCCGAAGGGACCACUGAUGCACCGAACAAUGCCACUCUCCCUGGCGAGGUCUCCGCCGUUGUUCCCGACAGUGAAGAGAAGCCGUCGUCGGCUGAACCACCCAAUUACCGUGCUGACAGUACCCAGGACACUGUUCCGACCACUGACCAGAAGGACGAAGGAAAAAAGGAGGUCCCGACCGAAAAGACCACGACUCCAAUCGAAGAGCUUUGGGCACUGGCCAAGUCGCAUGGGCAUCCCGAAAUCUGGGGAGUUACCCUGGCAGACCCGUCCAGUCACAUCCCGACCCAGGUUAUCCUGCAAAAGUACCUCAAUGCAUACGAUGGAGACUUGGCAAAAUCCAAGGAUACGCUCACCAAGACCCUGGACUGGCGAGCCAAGAUGAAACCACUCGAACUACUGAAGAGGCAAUUUAACCGCAGCAAGUUCGGUGGCCUCGGAUACACGACUGUCUAUGGCGAUGCUGACUCGACCGACCCCGAGGCGAGGGAGGUGUUUACCUGGAACAUCUAUGGCAGUGUCAAGGAUCUGAACCAGACCUUUGGCGAUCUACAAGAGUUCAUUGAAUGGCGCGUCGCCCUCAUGGAAGAUGCCUUGCAAGCACUUGCAAUCGACAAGGCCACCAAGCCCAUCACGGCUGAAUACGACCCGUACAAAAUUCUCCAGGUGCACGACUACAAAUCGAUCAGUUUCCUGCGACAGUCACCCGUUGUGAAGGCUGCCAGCACAGAGACCAUCAAGGUCUUCGCUCAGAACUACCCAGAGCUCCUCAAAGAGAAGUUCUUCGUCAAUGUACCUGCCUUCAUGGGAUUCAUUUAUGCUUUCAUGAAGCUGUUUGUCGCGGCAAAGACGAUCAAGAAGUUCCAUCCGAUGAGCAAUGGUGCCAAUCUUGCCAAGGAGAUGUCCACUAGCAGCAAGGUUAAAGCGCUGGGAGAGCUGCUGCCGAAGGAGUACGGUGGAAAGGGCGGCGACCUGAGCACUACCGGUAGGCAGCCAGCUCUUGCCGAAGAGACAGUGGCCAAGUCCGAGUCGUAA